AUGGACUUCUCCAACAUCUUUCGGCUAGUCAAUCUGGUGGUCGGCGGGAUCAUGGUUCUUGGAGGGAUCAGUCAAUUCUUCCCCAUCGGCUUUCGAAGUAUUAUUGUCGGCAUCUACGUGAUCAUCUUUGGCCUUGCUGUCGCCGGGCUUGAAUUGCUGCCUCAGGUCCCGCCAUAUGUUCCCCGAUACGCCAGCUUCCUCUUCUCGUUCUUGGGGCGCGGCAUCUUCUACAUCUUUGUCGGUUGCAUCAUCCUUGAAGGGCACGUAUUGCGCAUCAUCGCUGGGUCCAUCGUCGGCGUCGUUGGCGUCGCUUACUGCGGGCUUGAAUUCGCGCCUUCCAUCGAACCUCCCAACAACAUGCGCGACGCGGAUGCUGGAUGGGGUGCCGAACAAGUUUAA